UGUUGUUGUGGCGUCUGCCCUUUUCGCUCACUCUCUCUCUAUUGCUGCUACCCGCCGCCUCCCCUUUUUCUCUGUCUUCCUAACCCACCCCCUUUCUCUCCGUCUCCCUCGUCCCUACACCUCCAGUCUGCUUCUGUUGUCUCGGCGGAUUGUUGGACUGUGGGAGAGAAAGGAUAUCGCGAGUAUUGGAGUUUUGGUGAGAGUUUGUGGAAGAUGGCGCCUGUUGUGACAGGGAAGUUCGGGGAGCGCCCUCAGCCACUGCGCCUAACAAGAGAAGCGAUGAGGAAUUACCUGAAGGAGCGAGGUGACCAAACUGUCAUGAUCCUGCACGCAAAAGUUGCGCAGAAAUCCUACGGCAAUGAGAAAAGGUUCUUCUGUCCUCCUCCCUGCGUUUACCUGAUGGGCAGUGGCUGGAAGAAAAAGAAGGAACAGAUGGAGCGAGACGGCUGCUCCGAGCAGGAGUCGCAGCCUUGUGCCUUCAUCGGCAUUGGCAACAGCGACCAAGAAAUGCAACAGCUUAACUUAGAGGGAAAGAAUUAUUGCACUGCCAAAACCUUGUACAUAUCCGACUCCGACAAGAGAAAGCACUUCAUGUUGUCUGUCAAGAUGUUCUACGGCAACAGCACUGACAUCGGUGUCUUCCUCAGCAAGAGGAUCAAAGUCAUCUCCAAGCCCUCCAAAAAGAAGCAGUCCCUCAAAAACGCUGACUUGUGCAUUGCAUCAGGAACCAAGGUGGCACUGUUCAACCGGCUUCGGUCCCAAACAGUCAGCACACGCUAUCUACACGUGGAGGGCGGCAACUUUCACGCCAGCUCCCAGCAGUGGGGCGCGUUUUACAUCCACCUGUUGGAUGAUGAGGAGUCAGAAGGAGAAGAGUUCACUGUGAGAGACGGUUACAUCCACUACGGCCAGACAGUCAAGCUGGUUUGCUCUGUCACUGGCAUGGCCCUGCCCAGACUGAUCAUCCGUAAAGUGGACAAGCAGACGGCGCUGCUGGACGCCGACGACCCCGUCUCCCAGCUCCACAAGUGUGCCUUCUACCUGAAGGACACAGAACGCAUGUACCUGUGCCUUUCACAAGAAAGGAUCAUCCAGUUUCAAGCCACUCCAUGCCCAAAGGAACCAAACAAGGAGAUGAUCAACGACGGCGCCUCCUGGACAAUCAUCAGUACAGACAAGGCUGAAUACACUUUCUACGAGGGCAUGGGCCCCGUCCACUCACCCGUCACCCCUGUGCCUGUGGUAGAGAGCUUACAGCUAAACGGCGGAGGCGAUGUCGCCAUGCUGGAGCUGACGGGACAGAACUUCACUCCAAAUCUGAGGGUCUGGUUCGGAGAUGUUGAGGCUGAGACCAUGUACAGGUGUGCGGAGAGCAUGCUAUGCGUCGUGCCCGACAUCUCCGCCUUCCGCGAGGGCUGGCGCUGGGUGCGGCAGCCCGUCCAGGUGCCCGUCACGUUGGUUAGGAACGACGGCAUCAUCUAUUCCACCACACUGACCUUCACCUACACGCCGGAGCCGGGGCCGCGGCCACACUGCAGUGCUGCCGGGGCCAUCCUGCGGGCUGGAAACUCCAGCCUGCUCAGCAACAACAGCCAGGAGACCGGCCCCGUUAUCUACGGCCCCAACAGCACCUCCAACGCAGGAGUUACAUCCUCAUCCUCCACCGCCGCAGCUGUGGUCUCCUAACGCACACAGGGGGCCACUCGAUACUAUAUGCCUUGAGAGCAAAUGUACCACAAGGUAUAUAAAGACUACGGGAAAUAAUAACAUAGACUGACUCACUCUAAAGUGCUGCGUAUUAAUUUUGGAUACAAAGAAGCGGAAAUGGAAAAAUUGGUGGGAGAAAGUAGCAAACGCAUGGGGCAAACUGAAGGAGGAUUGACAUCACAACGCUGUCAGCCAACGGGAAUAAGCGAGAAGCGCUCCUUGACACGCCCCCUCUCCUGUGGUUACCGUCGGGAACUGCCUAUCCAGUUCUGGUGUUUGGAAUGAGUGAAAUUCCUGCAGGCUCAGAGCACCAGCACCUUUCUAUGGCUGUAAGAAUGGAAACCACCACAACAAUGCAUCCACCGUGUACAAACAAAUCUCUUGAAAGGAAAGUAUAUUUUUGCUCCCAACCCCCUCCCACCACUUGUUUUUUUUUAUAAUUAUUCCUUUUUAUUUUGUGUUAUUUUGCAUCUAUUUGUGGUUUCCCAAAGGGAUCUGGAUGUAUUGUUGUUGGAGCGCAAGGAUGCAAUGGGACACACAUAAAACGUGACAAUAACAUAGUUUUUAUGGACCAAGGAUCUUGUAUAAGCUUUAGUAAAGGUACAUUUUUCUCCAUACCUUUUUUGUAUUAAACAUAUAGUACACUUUUGUUACCAAA